GAAUAGAAAUGGAGGCAGGGUAAGAGAAGCCCAGUGCUCCAUGCUUCAACCUCUAUUUCACCAAAAAGAUUUGUGGGAAAUUAAGAACCCUAAUUAUAUAUCUAUUAUGCAAACUCACAACAAUGAAACCUCCACUUUAUCUCCAUAACACGCAAUCAAAAGGCAGAAAGAAAAAAAGUUAAAACGUAUCUCCACCACCACCACCACCACUGUCUGUCACUUUUCGACACAUACCUCUCACCAGAUCCGUCACUAUCGUGUUCCAAUCCUUUAACACCUACUUCAUCACCCUCAGUAAAUGCAAUGCAUCCAUCAGUAGUAGUCAGUCUUCUCGUAUUCUUCACUCUUUUUUCGCUAACUGUAAUACAGUAGCAGUAAAAGCCUUUUUCAGCUUUUAUUAUUGUCAGGUUUUUCCACUUUUAAAUUUAUUAUAUUUGUUCACUUACUCUCUCUUAACCACCUGCCAUUUCUGUCAUUAUUCAGGUUUUGUUUGUUAUUUUUCGUUUGCAAUGUUAUUAUUGUUGCGAAUUUGUUGGUUUAUGAUUCGACGUGUGUUGUCUCUUCAGAUUUUGAAUUAGUUUGCGGUAUCCGGAUUGUUAUAGAUAGUUUUUAAAUUUUGAAAUCACUCAUCGGAGGUAUUCGCGCUAUUGAGCUAGUUAUUUCACCUUUGACUCAAAGUCUGGGUUAAUCUUAUAAGUUUAUCGUACAUGUGAGUUUCUAGACCCCUUUUGACAAUACAAUCUUGAGUCAGGAUUAAUCUGACAGACAGACAGGGUGUUGAUGGACCCGCGAGUGAGGAAGUAUGGGCAGAUGCAUCAACAAUUGAGCCCGGACAGAGCGAAAGUGUGGAAGGAGAAGUCGCGAAAGUAUCAGCAGCGGGUGCCAGAGCUGGAGAUGGAGCGGAAGAGCCGGAAGGUGGCUGUAGUUUAUUAUCUAUGUAAAAAUCGGCAGCUCGAACAUCCUCACUUUAUUGAAGUGUCUCUCACUUCAUCAGAAGGUCUUUUUUUGAGAGAUGUGAUUGAAAAGCUUAAUGGUCUUAGAGGAAGCGGUAUGGCUUCAAUGUACUCAUGGUCUUGCAAGAGGAGCUACAAGAAUGGGUUUGUUUGGCAUGAUCUUUGUGAAGAUGAUCUAGUUAUUCCGGUUAAUGGCGAUGAAUACGUUCUCAAAGGAUCCGAGCUUGUUGAAGAAUCUAAUUUAGAUGGUUUUGCUCCUAGUGUAAAAUUACGGAACCUAAAACAAUUACCAGAACCACCAUCUGCAAGAAGUCAAGACAACUCAUCACCAUCCACAACCACGAGUGGAAGAGAUAAUAAAAAUUCUCAAGACGACGAGCUGUCACCUCCAGCUCGGCUUUCCGGUUCAUCUGGCUUGUCACCAGAAUCUAACGGUCGAAAAAGUACAGCGUCAAACGGCUGUCUUAGCUUAACAGAAUACAAAAUCUGCAAAACCGACGGUCUUGCUGACGCCUCCACACAAACAGAAGAAAAUACAAAGGCCAAUAAAACUCGAGAAACUUGCACACGCGGCAUUUCAUCUGAUGACGUGGCAUCAGAAAUUAAAGAUCAUUCCGAAAUUCAAACAGAUCCAUCACCUCCAUCUUCGUCAAGUACAAGUUCGUCUAUAGGAAAAACCGAGACGUUGGAGUCGUUAAUCAUAGCUGAUGCUAGUAAGUAUAACAGUUUUACAAGACUAGAACGAAGUCAAACGCAGGUCAACUCAAAGCUCAGGGCGACAGAUAUGUUAAUGCAACUGAUUUCCUGCGGGUCAAUAUCGGUCAAAGAUCAUAGUUUUGGUCUAAUUCCGUCAUAUAAACCACAAUUAUCGGAUUCUAAAUUUCAGUCACCUUUAUUUUCAACGUCUGUUAUGUUGCGGGAGCUUGACUGCUAUUCGGAUAAUUCAAGAUUUACGAGCAUGAGAUUAGAAGAUAAAGAAUACUUCAGCGCGAGUUUAGUGGAGACCAAAUCGCUUAAGGAAGAAGGCACCGCAACUUUAAAAAGAUCAUCGUCCCACAAUGCUGACAGGACUGAUAAUGGUAAUCAUGUUUCGGAUAAAGAGGAAACCGCAACCUUAAUAAAAUGUAUACCAAAAUCACUCAAAGCGUCACUCAGUAAACACUCAAAAAACGAACCAAUGAAAUCUCCAGUUCACGAGGGCCCACGUAUCUCAUCAGAAGCGGGCCCCAGUUCGCGAAUUGUGUCACCUUGCGCUUCUAAUAGCAGUAGCAAAAGAAUAACUACUGACCCGUGUUCUUCCAAACAUUCGGGCCGGUUAGAAUCCUUCCGGGAAGAGAAGGAUAACGCGAUCAAAGUCGAAGAAAGGCUUGCUUCAGGAGCUCGUGUUAUUAUCCACUCUUGAAGCACUUUCUAAUACUUGAAGUUAACUUGUAGUUGUAGGUGGUGGGAUUGAUUCUGUUGGCGUUCAAAAAUUUUUUUUGUCUGUGGGUAAUUUGGUAAAUUGGGUAUGUAAAUUUGAAAGAAAAAGAAUCAAGAUAUCCAAGAAAAAAGGUGACAAAUUUAAUUAAUAAUGGGUGGGGUGUGAUUUCCCUUUUUGAUUCUUGGUCUGCCUUUUUAUACACUGCUUUUUUUUUGCUUUACAA